AUGCCACGACAAAAAGGUAUUUUUUGGAAUGAAUAUGAAUUAGUUGAUAUUGAUUCAGAAGGAACAGAGAAGUAUCGUUGUAAGCAUUGUAAUAUUACGUAUGUUAAAAAUGCUACAAGAUUCCAAAAUCACCUUGAAAAUUGUGUGAAUUAUCAAAAAAAAUCAACAGAAUCAACAGAUAUUACAAUAAACAAUAAUGGUGCAGCAACAAUUUUUCAAAAAAAAAAAUGUCGUAUAAUUCAAUCAUCCAUUGAUGAAUAUACUGAAAGUGAUCAAAAAACACUAGAAAAUUUAUUAACACGGGCUUUUUGUUCAGCUGGAAUAUCAUUUAAUGUAAUUGAAAAUGAAGAUAUUAAAGCUGUAUUUCAAAAAACAGUAUUUACUGGUGAACAACAGCAUACUGCAAUUAAUAUAGCAGCAGGAAUUGAACAUGUUAUUGAUGAAAUUGGAAAAAAUAAAAUUGUUGCAAUAAUUACGGACAACGCUAAUGUUAUGAAAGCAGCCUGGGAAAUUUUAAAAACAUCAUUUUCCCAAAAG